AUGUUGGCUUUUAAUCACACUGCUUCUAAUUGGCCCACCUUCUCCUUCAUUGGUAUUCCUGGUCUGGAGGCUGCCCAUACAUGGAUCUCCAUUCCCUUCUGUCUCCUGUACCUCCUAGCCCUAGUGGGAAAUGCUCUUCUGCUCAUCCUAGUCAGAGCAGAACAGAAUCUUCACGAACCUCAGUUCUAUUUUUUGGCCAUGCUCGCCGUUACUGACCUCGGCCUUUCAUUGUCUACAAUGCCUAGUGUCUUGGCUAUCUUCUGGUUUGAUGUCCACCACAUUGGCCUGGAUGUCUGCUUAACCCAAAUGUUCUUCAUUCACACCCUCUCGUCAGUAGAAUCAGGUGUCCUGGUGGCCAUGGCUUUCGAUCGCUUAGUAGGUAUCUGUUCUCCACUAAACUACAGUAGGAUCCUGACCCACUCUACUGUUGCUUGCCUGAGUGGAGCUGCUCUCAUACGAGGUGCCACUCUGCUGGCCCCUCUGCCUUUUUUGCUCAGGACCUUUCCUUUCUAUGUGGCCAACAUCCUCUCACACUCGUACUGCUACUACCCAGACAUGCUGAACUUGGCCUGUGGGCAUGUCACUUUCAGCAGUGUCUAUGGAUUGGUGUCUGUACUCUGCACAUUUGUAGUGGAUGCUGUCUUCAUCUUCGCUUCCUACAUGAAGAUCCUGGGCACUGUUAUGAAGCUGGGGCCUCAAGACAGAAACUGGAAGUCACUGCAUACCUGUGCCUGUCACCUGUGCACAGUGUUUGUGUUUUACCUGCCCCUCGUCAGCUUGGCAGUGCUGCAUCAUUACACCCAGAACACUUCCCCAGUUCUAUACACCACCAUGAGUAAUGCCUACCUCCUCGUGACACCACUGCUCAACCCUCUUGUCUAUAGUCUCAAGUCCCGGCAGAUCCAGGCUGCUCUGCACAAGCGAUUUGGGGUGCAACGUGUCAUUGCUGGAGAAUGA